ACUAUCUUUCAACCAUUCCAGCCACGAUGCAGUGGCAGCCUGUAAACUUGACAGAGGCGUGUCCUGUGAACGCGCACCAUCUGUCAUCGUGCACUCCCUUCGGGUUCGUGUUCCUGAACCUCGUGGUGCAGCUCUACGGAGGGUCGCACGACAAGAGGGUCCAACGAGGCAGAGGACACUGCUACAAUGAUGAGGUGGCUUCGAGAGAGGAGUAUGACUUCAUAGUGGUAGGAGCCGGGUCCGCGGGGUGUGUCGUCGCUAACCGAUUGUCUGCUGUCGAUGAUUGGAAGGUGCUACUAUUAGAAGCAGGCAUAGAACAACCAGACGUGACCCUGGUGCCUGGUCUGGCGACGACACUGCUGGGCUCCAACAUAGACUGGAGCUACGCCACCGAACCUAACGGCAAGAGCUGUCUGGCGCGCCCCGGACAAUCCUGCGGAUGGCCCAGAGGCAAAGUGAUGGGUGGGUCGAGUUCCAUCAACUCCAUGGCAUACGUCCGCGGCAGCAAGGAGGACUACGACGAAUGGGCAGACCUCGGCAACGACGGCUGGAGCUAUAAUGAUGUGCUGCCAUAUUUUAAGAAAUCUGAAAGGAAUCUCAACAUUGAAGGGCUGAACCGAAAGUAUCACGGAGUCGACGGAGAGCAAUAUGUAUCCAGAUACCCCAACAUUGACAAACCAGCCAUUAUGAUGGUUAAUGCAUUCGUUGAAGGGGGCGUGCCCCUUGGAGACUUCAAUGGAGCCCACAGUGACACCACGAUGUACUCACAGUCGACAUCGAAAGACGGAGUACGAGUGUCUACAAAUAAUGCUUUCAUACAACCAAUCAGAUACAAGAGGAAGAAUUUAACCGUCAAGUCUGAAGCCGAAGUCACUAAAGUGCUGAUAAACAAACAGAAAGUAGCGUACGGUGUGAGGUACACGCUGAACGGUAAGGUGCACACAGCGUAUGCUAGGAAAGAGGUCAUAGUGAGUGCGGGCAGUAUCAACUCGCCGAAGUUGCUCAUGUUGUCAGGUGUCGGUCCCAGGGAACAUUUGGAACAAUUACACAUUCCCGUUAAGAAGGAUCUAGCUGUCGGAGAGAAUUUGCACGAUCACGUCACCUUCAAUGGUAUCCUAGUAGUCCUACCCAAUGGUACGGACACUCGGGUCAGUAAUGCAGAACUUUUACAAGACCUGUACGAGUACCGUCAGAUGGAACACAAGCACGGCCCGCUCUCAAGCAAUGGUCCCAUUAGUGCCAUAGCAUUCAUAAAGACUGAGCCUGAUUUACCGGCACCUGACAUUCAAUAUCAAAUAGAUCGUGGAUUCCUGAAGGAAUUUGUUCGCCAGCCAGCACUUUAUGACGAGGUAGUAAUAUAUCCGUCAUCAUACUACGAUUGUCUCAUUCCCAGGACAAUGGUUUUGGUUCCUAAGAGUAGAGGGAAACUGUUACUGAACCCGCAGGAUCCGAAUGGCAAGCCUUUAAUAUACGCCAACUACUUCGAGGACCCGAGUGAUAUUGUUCCACUAGUUAAAGGUGUCCAGUUCCUUAUCAGUUUGGAAAAAACGCGAGCGUUCAGGUCCUUGGGGGCGUAUUUCGAUAAAACGCCGUUAGAAGCAUGUAAACACUACCGGUGGGGUACUGACAGAUACAUCGAGUGUUUGGCGAGGGCCUACACGUCGACCACGUACCAUCCUGUAGGGACGUGCAAGAUGGGACCUUCGUGGGAUGAGAAGGCUGUGGUGGACCCUAGACUGCGAGUGUACGGUAUAUCGCGGUUGAGGGUCAUAGACUCCUCGAUUAUGCCCAUCGUGAACCGAGGCAACACAAACGCUCCUUCCAUCAUGAUAGGAGAGAAAGGCGCGGCCCUUGUACUAGAAGACUGGUUGAAGGAUCGUGAAUGUGAUCGGUACGACUAUGAUUAAUUACUUGUAGUACUAUUUUUUUAUAUUUUUGUUGAUAUUAUAAACGACCCACUUCCACCUAUGA